CUGAUAUCUAAAUGUUUAUCCUUGAAUAUUGUAAUAAGAUAUCGUAAAAUAAAUAAUCUAAUCAAUUAUUUUAUUCUAUGCACUGCGCACACUAAUACCAAGGAAUAUCGUAAUACGCAAUAUCGCGACUAAGUUUGAACUUUGAAAGUUAGAGAAAUACUUAUUUCUUUCUGAACCAAAUGAAUAGACUUGAAUUAAAAAAUUUGCGUAAAGUAAUUAAAGUCGAACCCUUCAACUAAUUCAUUGGCCUAUGAGUCAAACUUAAGACUUGUCCGUUGGAAAAUCCGAAACGAUGAAGUUACCAAAAAGGUAAAGCGAACACGAUCGUUCAGACAGUGGUCAAAUCAAAUUUAGGGUGUUAAUUGUAAAUUACAGUAACGUCGUCGCCCCAUUGGCCAUUAAAACGUAGCCAUCUGUUUAAUUUUGUAAUUUUCUGACAUUGGUCAGUGGGAAUAGAAACUGUGAAGAGGAAUGGAAUAGAAACUCGGAUUCUGAGAAUCGUUUUUAAUUUUGUUAGUAUAAUCUUAAUUAGAAACCUGAAGGCAAUUAUUUUAGUGCGUACGACUGAAUUUAAUUUCGAAUUUUUUGUAGUGGCAGCUGAACAAAAAUUAGGUUCACCUUACAGAUGAAAUUUAAAUUCACCUUGAAAGUGAAUUUUUAAAUUCAUCUCUUCUUUUAUUACCGAUCAAAAUAUAACAUAGAUUAAUAAUAAAAUAUAUUAUUUUUAAAAAAAAAAUUCAAAAAAAUUAAUGAAGCUCAUUUUAAUGACUCUAACGCCACUAACUAAACUCUAAAUCUUAAAUUCUAAACCCUAAACUUUAAAUCUAAAUCUUAAACCCUAAAUUCUAGACCCAAACUCUAAACCUAAACACAAACCCUAUAUCUUAAACCCAAAUCCUAAACUUUAAACCGAAACCGUAAAUUCUAAACCCAAACCCUACACCUUAAACUCAAACCCUAGAUCCUAAACCCAAACCUAGACUCUAAACCCAAAUCUUAAACUCUAAAGAAACAACAUCAACAUUAACUCAAACCUUUAGAAUAUAGGAUUUGGGUUCAGGGUUUACGAUUUGAGUUUAGGAUGUAGGGAUUAGGUUUUGAUAUAUGGUUUGAGUUUAGAGUCUAUGAUUUGGGUUUGGGAUAUAUGGUUUGGGUUUACGGUUUACGGUUUGGGUUUAGGGUUUAGAAUUUGGGUUUAGGAUAUAUGAUUUGGGUUUAAGGUUUACGGUUUGGGUUUAAGGUUUAGGAUUUAGGAUUUAGAUUUAGGGUUUAGUUAGUGGCUUUAGUAUCAUUAAAAUUGAUGUUAUUUUUUUUAAUUAUUUUGAGAUUUUUUUAAAUAAAAUUAAUCUAUUUUAUUAUUAAUCUAUGUAACAUUUUGAUUGGUAAUAAAAAGAUAUGUGAAUUUAAAUUUUCACCCCUAAGUCUUGUUUGUGGCAGCUGGCCUCGAUCGACCCUUGUUUCCUUUAUUAAUUAGAAGACUUCAAACCGAAGCUACACUAUUAGACUCCAGUGGUCUUUAAUAAUUUCUUGUGUUCAUUCAUAUAUAGUAAGUACAUGCAUUCAAACACAAAUGACUACCCACAAUUGAGGCAACGAAAAAUACAAAAAUACAAAAAUUUCAUGCACAUCCUUGUCUGUCUAUGCUGCAUGCACACUGUGUACAGUACACGUUGUGUAUAUAUGCGUACAUGCUAUCCUGAUCAUUCUUGAUGUAAUGAAAUGUAGAAAUACAGAUAAUAUAUGUAAAUAUGUAGAAAUACAGAUGAUAUAUAGUAUAGUACGUUUUUAUUUUAUAUAUUUGCGUGUGCUUGUCCUAGUGUUUAUAACCUUUUUCCCUGAGCUCAAUUUUUUUAAAAAAUUGUCUUCUAAAGUAAAACGAAGCCUUCAAACAAAUUUUCUUGGGACAUUAAUUCAAAAAAAAAAUAACUUUACUAUUAAAAAUCUCAGCUGAAAUGGCGGCUGAUCCUUCGGGUUCAGACCCCUCGCAAGGAAGCAUAUAUUGAUUCCAACUUAAGAUAAACCACUUCACUUCUCUUCCACCUCUUUCAACCAGACUCAAUCUUUUUCCACUUAGGGUUUCUUUCUAAACUCCUUUUAUUUUAGGGUUUUAGGGAAAAUGGGAGAGAGAAACGUUGAUGGUGAUCAGAAAAUGGAGGAAGUAUUGUUGCCCGGAUUUAGGUUUCAUCCAACCGACGAAGAGCUUGUAAGCUUCUACCUCAAGCGGAAGGUUCAACACCAUCCUCUCUCCAUUGAACUCAUAAGACAACUCGAUAUCUACAAAUACGACCCCUGGGAUCUUCCAAGGUUUGCAAUGACGGGUGAAAAGGAAUGGUAUUUUUACUGUCCGAGGGACAGGAAGUAUAGGAAUAGCUCGAGGCCGAACCGAGUGACUGGAGCUGGUUUCUGGAAAGCCACGGGAACAGACAGGCCGAUAUACUCGUCGGAAGGAAACAAAUGCAUAGGUCUAAAGAAGUCACUGGUGUUCUACCAAGGAAGAGCUGCGAAAGGAGUUAAGACUGAUUGGAUGAUGCAUGAGUUUCGUUUGCCUUCUAUCUCGGAGCCAACUCCUUCUUCUAAGAGGUUCUUCGAUUCGCCUGUCUCUCCAAACGACUCGUGGGCUAUAUGCAGAAUCUUCAAAAAGUCAAACACAACGACCCUAAAAGCUCUCUCUCACUCCUUUGUUUCCUCGUUACCAUCAGACACAAGCAUCGACACAAUGUCCAACCAAAAGCCAUCAAACACAUCACACUUUUCUUCAGACCUCAAAACUAGCUCUCACUUCCAGUUUCACCAUGAGAACACGAACAAAAUUCCCAAAACUAGUAGUAGUACAACUCCUCUUGCUGCCUCUAUAAGUCCAUUCUCUUACUUGGAUUUCACUUCCUACGAGCCCACCAACGAUUUCAAUCCGGUUUCAUGUUUAGACCAACAAUACCUCACAAAUCUCUUUCUUGCUCCACAAGAAAUACAAGCUCAGUUUCCAAGGCUCGCCUCGUCUAAUGAAUUCCCCUCGUUUCUCCUAAACAUGCCAUCAUCAUAUUCGAGCUUCUUGGGAGAAUGCACCGGCAAGAUCGACCUCAGUGCGGUGUUGGCCCAAGAGCAGUGUCCUGAUCUUGUAAGCCUACCACAAGAGUAUCAAGAAAAGGGACUCGAAGGAAAUGGGGAAAUGAGGAACAUGCAUAGUUUCAAUGAAGAUCUUCAUAGUCACUGUGCCACACUCAGGUUUGGUGAUAUUGCCUCAACAGUUGAAGAGAAACACCCUCACCAUUAUGAAGACGUGAAACAUAACAUGACAUUGUUGGAGAGUUAUUAUUCUUCUUUGCCAUCCGUUAAUGGAGAUUUGCCAGCUUGUUUCUCCACAACUUGAUGGAUUUGGAUAGAUUUUCAUGUCUUUGUCUUCUUGGUUUUGUUUUUGUAAGCCAGGUUGUUCCUCUUGUAGGCUCUCUUUCACUAAUGCAAGGAAAAUUCAUUUAUGCUUCGUUGACUGUUUGCACAAGUCAGUUUAGGCUAGCUUGACUUGAGUGAAGAUGACAUAGACUAAACCAACCUAAAUUAAAGAGAGAAACCAUUAAAAAAACAUUUUAGUUUGAUUGCAGUGCCAGAAAGAAAAUAUUUUCUAGAGCUGAUAAAGUCAGAAGUACCACCAUAAUAUACGAGAUUGUCACUGAAAUAUUCAAAAAGGUUUUUAGAAUAUAGUUAUAGAAUGAAGUUAAGAAAUUCAAGUGCGAGUAAAAUUUCUAUUUCAUUUUUCAAU